UAUGCUCUUGACUUCCUCGGCGACAACCGCCGCCGUGCACCGCCACCACCCCGGGGCUGACUUCUCUCCCGUCCAAUCAUUUAAUGGGUAAUCAAAUCGCUUGCUUAAAGCCCAAACCCAAAGAUCCCGGCCGCGAGCCAAAGAAAAAGAAGACCAGAGAACGCCGCCCGAACCCGUACGCGGCUUCCCCUGCUCCGCCGCCGCCGCCAGUUCGGGUUCUGACGGAUCCCAACCCGAAUACCCGAAUUUCCGAGAAGUAUAUUCUGGGCCGGGAACUGGGUCAGGGCGAAUUCGGGAUCACCUACCUCUGCACAGACCGCGAGACCCGGGAGAAGCUGGCCUGCAAGACGAUCUCGAAGAGGAAGCUCCGGACGGCGGUGGACGUGGAGGACGUCCGGCGGGAGGCGGCGAUAAUGGCGAGCCUCCCGGACGACCACCCGAACAUCGUGAAGCUCCGGGGGACGUACGAGGACGACGAGGCGGUCCACUUGGUGAUGGAGCUCUGCGAGGGCGGCGAGCUGUUCGAUCGGAUCGUGGCGCGUGGGCAUUACAGCGAAAGAGCCGCCGCCGCACUCGCCAAGACGGUGGCGGAGGUGGUGCUUGUGUGUCACGCCCACGGCGUCGUGCAUCGGGACUUGAAGCCGGAGAAUUUCUUGUUCGCUAAUAAGAAGGAAAACUCUGUUCUCAAAGCUAUUGAUUUUGGGCUCUCGGUGUUUUUCAAGCCUGGAGAGAGGUUUACAGAAAUUGUGGGGAGUCCAUAUUAUAUGGCCCCUGAGGUUUUGAAGAGGAAUUAUGGACAAGAAGUUGAUAUUUGGAGUGCUGGAGUUAUCAUUUACAUUUUGAUUUGUGGAGCCCCUCCUUUUUGGGCAGAAACAGAACAAGGUGUUGCUCUUGCAAUAUUGAGGGGAGUGAUUGAUUUCAAGAGGGAACCAUGGCCUCAAGUCUCCGAGGGUGCAAGAAAUCUCGUAAGACAGAUGCUUGAACCCGACCCUAGAAAGCGUUUGACCGCCCAACAAGUACUCGACCACCCUUGGAUACAAAAUUCCAAAAAAGCCCCAAAUGCUCCUUUGGGUGAUAUAGUCCGGACACGUCUCAAGCAAUUCUCCCUAAUGAAUAAGUUCAAAAAGAAAGCACUCCUGGUAAUUGCAGAACACCUAGCCAUUGAUGAGGUAGAAGUGAUCAGAGAAAUGUUCACAUUGGUAGACACAGAUGGUGAUGGGAAAGUGACAUAUGAAGAACUUAAAGCUGGCCUGCAAAAAGUUGGUUCCCAAUUGGCAGAACCAGAGAUUAAAUUACUCAUGGAUGUGGCGGACGUGGACGGAAACGGGCUCCUUGGUUACGGGGAAUUCGUGGCGGUGAUCAUGCACCUGCACAAAAUGGAGAACGAUGAACACCUUCAUAGAGCAUUCUUGUUUUUUGAUAGUGAUGGAAAUGGUUAUAUUGAUCUCCGUGAGCUCGGGGAAGCUUUGGCUGACGACGAUUCUGGCGAGUGUGACAUCGCCGUCCUCAACGACAUCAUGCGCGAAGUUGAUUCCGAUAAGGAUGGGAAGAUUAGCUAUGAGGAUUUUGUUGGGAUGAUGAAAGCUGGAACCGAUUGGAGAAAGGCGUCGCGACAAUACUCGAGAGAAAGGUUUAAAAGCCUCAGUUUGAAUCUCAUGAAGGAUGGCUCACUCCAGCUUCAAGGCGGGUUAACUCGGGAAUCGGUUGUGGUUUGAAGUUUGAAUUGAAGCCAUUUUUUGUUAUAAAAAAAGCAAAAAUUUAUGCCCAAUCCAUAGGGUCCUUGAAUACUAAUUAGAUAGCUAUAUGGAAUGAGGUAAAUUAAGUUUCUAUUACUUUUUUCGUCCCACAAAAUUUUUCUAAUUUUGAUUUUUAAAAGAUUUAAGGAGAAUGUAUUUUGUUAUUAACAUUCUAAAAAUGCCCUUUGAUGUGAUGAGUAAAAAUGGGAUAUUAUA